GCAGCCCCAUAUCAGCCUCCCUGUGUCGGAUUGAACAGGAGGCAGACACCGCUGAAGCUGCGGAGCGCGAAUAUCCAACCUGAAACUGCCUUCACCGCGGUGGAAAACCUUCACUCCAAAGAGCGGUGCUGCGGAGCUCUUGUGUGCUGUCAGAGAAGUAAGUUGGCUCUAAAUGGCUAAAGUAGAGCUGGCACCGUUUAGAUCGUGGGAUGACUUCUUCCCCGGCUCGGAACGGUUCUCCAGGCCGGAUUUCUCAGAUCUGACAAGAUGGAACAACCGAGUCGUCAGCAACCUACUUUAUUAUCAGACCAACUACCUGUUAUUCGCCGUGGCUGUUUUCCUGCUUGUCGGGUUCCUCAACCCCCUGGGGAUGUUGACAGGCAUGGUCGUGGUGUCAGCCGUCAUCCUGGGCUUGCUUUGGGCCGGGGAGAGCCGAGCCGCCAUCAAGAACUUCAAGAGGCAGAACCCCACGGCGUUUGUGAUCGCCGUGAUUGCGGCCGGCUACAUGCUGAUGUCUCUGCUGGGGACCUUCAUGAUGGCCGUCACUUUACCUCUGACUCUGGUCGCCGCGCACGCUUCGUUUCGCCUCCGCAACAUGAAGAACAAACUGGAAUACAAGAUGGAAGGCACGGGGCUGAAGAGGUCUCCCAUGGGCAUUUUACUGGAAGCUCUGGGUCAGCAUGUGGAAAGCCUGCAGAAGAUUCAGACUUUUCUGGAGGAGAAAGUGAAGGAGUAACUGACUUUAUCUCCACGACGCAACGAUUUAAAGUUUCUCCAUUGUCCGGUGUGUGGUGUUUUAAAGGAAGGAAUGCAAA